AUGCACUGCAGCUGCCUGGCUGAGAGCAUCCCUGCCAUCACCUCCCGUAACUUCUGGAUCUCAGGCCUGGCCUUCCCCGAUUGGGCCUACAAAGCCGAGUCGUCCCCGGGCUCCCGGCAGAUCCAGCUAUGGCACUUCAUCCUGGAGCUGCUGCAGAAGGAGGAGUUCCGCCAUGUCAUCGCCUGGCAGCAGGGAGAGUACGGGGAGUUUGUCAUCAAGGAUCCAGACGAGGUGGCCCGGCUCUGGGGCCACAGGAAGUGCAAACCACAGAUGAAUUAUGACAAGCUGAGCCGGGCCCUCAGAUAUUACUACAAUAAGAGGAUCCUGCACAAGACCAAAGGCAAAAGGUUCACUUACAAGUUCGACUUUAGCAAGCUCAUCGUAGUCAACUACCCUCGGUGGGAGUUGCGGGCACCGCCAUCCCUCCACUUGCUGCUGGGGGCCCCUGCUCUGUUUCGACCAGCCCUGGUGCCCAUGGGUAUACAGAGUGAGCUCCUGCACAGCAGGCUGUCCACCCAUCGGGCCAUGGCAGAGCAACUGGCUGGACAGCGGACCCCUCAAGGACCACCAGAGGCCUCCGGGGACAAGAAGGGAAGCGGCAGCAUUGUCUACCGACUUGGCUCUGCCCCAGCCCCCUGCCGGCUCAGCCCUUGCUGCCAUUUGGGGAGCCCCCAAGACGAGCCUCCCAGUUUUGCCUCCUUCACGCCUCCCCUGCCACCCCCUGUCCCCUCUGACUGGCCCCACCUCUCAGGGCCUUUUUUGCCCCCUGUCCCCGCAGGGCAUCACUUCCCAGGGUCCUCCAUGCCGGACACCCUGCUCCCAGGACCCGCAGGGGCCCCAGGGGCCCGGCAUUUUCCCGGCCUUCCUCUGUUGGCCGGGCUGGCGCAGGGGGCUGGGGAGAGGCUCUGGCUCUCAAGCCUGAGGCCCGAGGGGCUGGAGGUAAAGCCUGAUUCCACGAUGGAUCCCUGCUUCUCCUCAGAGAGGCAGGAACCCUACAUGGUAGAGGAAAGUCCUGUGUCCCCCAAUCUGGAGAACUUCGAGGCAGUGUGGCCCUUGGAUCCUCCUUAA